AGCCAAUAUGGCAGCGUCCUUGACAGGCAUGUUUUGGUUUCAGUGAGACGACACACACGCAGAACAGUUGCAUAUUUUCAGGCUCAUGACUGUCUUUGAACGUCUGUGAGCGGAACAUGGACACACGAGAGUUCGUCGCGUCUCUGGUGGCUGGUGGCUGUGCGGGGAUGUGUGUGGAUCUGACCCUGUUCCCCUUGGACACCGUAAAGACCAGACUGCAGAGUCAGCAGGGCUUCUACAAGGCUGGGGGCUUCAGGGGCAUCUAUGCUGGGGUCCCGUCUGCUGCUGUCGCAUCCUUCCCCACCGCUGCUGCCUUCUUUGUCACCUACGAGUGCACCAAGUCUCUUCUCUGCGCCGGUGGAGCGCUCGCAGUGCCGCACGUGGCACCGGUCACUCACAUGCUCGCCGCCUCCUUGGGAGAAAUCGUGGCAUGUUCAAUCCGAGUUCCUACAGAAGUGGUCAAACAGAGAACUCAAGCCACUCCAUCGUCUUCCACCUACAACAUGCUGCUGGCUACGCUUAAACAAGAGGGUGUUCGAGGCCUCUACAGAGGAUAUUUCAGUACAGUUCUCAGAGAGAUCCCGUUCUCACUGGUUCAGUUUCCACUUUGGGAAUAUUUAAAGACGCUGUGGUCGCUGAGGCAAGGUCACACGCUCCACUCUUGGCAGUCAGCAGUGUGCGGAGCUUUUGCAGGUGCGGUGGCGGCGUUUGUCACGACUCCUCUCGACGUGGCGAAGACCAGGAUCAUGCUCGCAAAGGCAGGCUCAGCCACGGCGAGCGGCAACAUCCCGCUGGUGCUCUGCGACGUGUGGAGGAGUAAAGGCCUUCCAGGUCUGUUUGCAGGCAGCAUUCCACGGAUGGCCUUCAUCAGCGUAGGCGGAYUCAUCUUCCUGGGAGCCUAUGAGAAGGUCCGACACACUUUGCUCUAACAGGAAGUCCUCUCUGGUGCUUCAGCGCUCUGAUCUGAUGGCUGCAGUGAAGGGAUCUCAGGAAGUGUCACCAGUGUUCCCCGCAGGAAGGGGAGGAUCUGCGUCCUCAUGCCGCCGGGCCCUGAGAGGCUUUCUGAGGAAUGGAGUGGACUACAUUACCCAGAAUGCUGCAUUCCUAUUUAUCAGCACUCUGUGGAUGGAGAGUAAUGACUUCUGUAGCAGCACUUGUUAGAACCAAUGUACUAUAUUUCAUAAGUAAAUGUAUUUUACAAUUAAAAA